GCAAGCAUGGGACCUUGCAGUUGAUAUUUGCCUUUCCCAAUUACCUACAAUUAUAGAGGAAGGAACUGCCUUUAGGCACAGCCCUUUCUUUGCGGAGCAGCUGACGGCUUUCCAGGUGUGGCUGACCAUGGGUGUGGAGAACCGCAACCCCCCGGAGCAGCUCCCCAUCGUCCUGCAGGUGCUGCUGAGCCAGGUACAUCGGCUGCGAGCUCUUGACUUGCUGGGAAGAUUUUUGGACCUGGGUCCCUGGGCGGUUAGCUUGGCCCUGUCUGUUGGCAUUUUCCCGUAUGUGCUGAAGCUACUUCAAAGUUCAGCUCGCGAGCUGAGACCACUCCUUGUCUUCAUCUGGGCCAAAAUUCUGGCAGUGGACAGUUCAUGCCAAGCCGACCUCGUGAAGGACAACGGUCACAAGUAUUUCCUUUCAGUUUUGGCAGAUCCUUAUAUGCCGGCUGAACACAGGACCAUGACUGCUUUUAUCCUGGCUGUAAUUGUUAACAACUACAACACUGGACAGGAAGCUUGCCUUCAAGGAAACCUGAUUGCUAUUUGCCUGGAGCAGUUAAAUGAUCCACAUCCUCUUCUGCGUCAGUGGGUGGCCAUUUGUUUAGGACGUAUUUGGCAGAACUUUGACUCAGCAAGGUGGUGUGGUGUGAGAGACAGCGCUCAUGAAAAGCUCUACAGUCUCCUCUCGGAUCCAAUCCCAGAGGUUCGCUGUGCUGCAGUCUUUGCACUGGGAACAUUUGUGGGCAACUCGGCUGAGCGGACCGAUCACUCCACCACCAUCGAUCACAACGUAGCCAUGAUGUUGGCCCAGCUCAUCAACGACGGGAGCCCCAUGGUUCGAAAGGAGCUGGUGGUGGCUUUAAGUCACUUGGUGGUUCAGUAUGAGAGCAAUUUCUGCACCGUCGCCUUGCAGUUCAUGGAAGAAGAGAAGAAUUACCCUCUCCCUUCUCCAGCUGCCACAGAGGGUGGGAGUUUGACACCAGUGCGAGAUGGUCCAUGUACGCCGAGGCUGCGGUCCGUCAGCUCUUACGGGAACAUCCGAGCCGUUUCCACAGCUAGGAACCUGAACAAGUCCUUGCAGAACCUCAGCCUGAAUGAAGAAUCUGGAAGCUCUGUUGCGUUUUCUCCUGGGAAUCUCAGCACCAGCAGCAGCGCCAGCAGCACCUUGGGCAGCCCUGAGAAUGAAGAGUAUAUCCUGUCGUUUGAGACUAUUGACAAGAUGAGGCGAGUCAGCUCUUACUCUUCUCUGAAUUCACUAAUAGGUGUGAGUUUCAACAGUGUUUAUACCCAAAUUUGGAGAGUACUCCUUCACUUAGCUGCUGACCCCUAUCCUGAUGUCUCCGACUUGGCUAUGAAAGUUCUCAACAGCAUCGCUUACAAGGCAACGGUGAACGCUCGCCCCCAGCGCAUCCUCGACACCUCCUCGCUGACUCAGUCUGCCCCUGCCAGCCCCACCAACAAGGGCAUGCACAUCCACCAAGUGGGAGGGUCACCUCCAACCACUAGUACAAGCAGCUCCAGCCUGACAAACGAUGUGACAAAGCAGCCGGUCAGUCGGGACAUCGCAUCCGUAAGACCCGCCAAUGUCGGCAACAUGGGGGUUCAGUAUACUCCCCACUCCCACCAGUUUCCCCGGACAAGAAAAAUGUUUGACAAAGGGCCGGAACAGACCACGGACGAUGCCGAUGAUACCGUUGGACACAAAAGUUUCAUUUCGGCCACAGUGCAGACAGGGUUUUGUGACUGGAGUGCGAAGUAUUUUGCUCAGCCAGUCAUGAAGAUCCCAGAAGAGCACGACUUGGAGAGCCAGAUUCGCAAGGAGAGAGAGUGGCGGUUUCUGCGCAAUGCUCGUGUCAGGAAGCAAGCCCAGAAGAUCAUCCAGAAGGGGAUUUCCCGGCUGGAUGACCAGAUCUUCCUCAACAGGAACCCGGGCGUCCCCUCCGUGGUGAAGUUCCACCCGUUCACGCCCUGCAUCGCCGUAGCCGACAAAGACAGCAUCUGUUUUUGGGACUGGGAGAAAGGGGAAAAGCUGGACUAUUUCCACAACGGGAACCCUCGAUAUACCAGGAUCACAGCGAUGGAGUACCUGAAUGGACAGGACUGCUCCUUGCUGCUGACUGCCACAGAUGAUGGUGCCAUCAGAGUGUGGAAGAACUUCGCAGACCUGGAAAAGAACCCAGAGAUGGUAACUGCCUGGCAGGGGCUGUCAGACAUGCUGCCAACUACACGAGGUCUGGCCCGAAGGGUUUCAAUCUAUCUUGACAGAAGUAAACAGGGAG